AUGCCUGCUGUACAUAUCAACACAGCCAAUAUUGCCGGCGAGGUGAGGAGCCUUGUCGCACGAGUCACCUCAGUCCGCGGCAGCAGCGGCCGGGCCAGAGGCGUCAGAAUUAUUAGUGGCGGUAUCAUCGCAGCUAUUGUAAUCGCUGUAGUUGUCCUCAUCGUUGCAGUUAUCUUUGGCAUCUUCAUCUUCCGCCGCCACAAGAAACAGCGCGCGAGACGCCAGCAGGAGAUGCAAAAGUACUACGGCGACAACCGCUCUAGCAUCGGCACCGAGGCACCGAGUGGCCCAGCUCCGGGUCAAGCGAACUUCGGAAACACCAGCCACGGUUAUGGCUAUGGCCAGGGUGCAGGCUAUGGUUACGCACACACUGCUCAGCCAGGACAGGCUGGCUAUAACGCGCAGAACCAUGGCGGUGUGCCUCCCAUGGCGCCCGCUUACACUGCCGAUCAUGUUACCCAUACGAAAUAG